UCAGUCGAGAUCGCUGGGAAAAAAAAAACCAACCCGAGAGCGCAGUGCCAAACUGCAAAACAUUCAAACGCAUGAAGAAGUUCAGAUAAGCAGACGCGGGUUCUGCUUCUUCCAGCUUUGUUUUCCAUGCAUCUGUCCGCGAACUUCUGCCGUCUCUUCUCAGACACUUGAAAGAUCCCGCAUUGGCGUUGCCCGGCAUGCUGCUGCGGCGGCUCUCCCCAUGGCUCUGGCUCUGGCUCGUCCCGGUAUUUGGACAGCACGGGGUCUCGCCCGAGGGCUGCAGAGGUGCCCACUGCUACAGUUCGACGGAGGCGGACGACUCCCGGCCGUGCCAAGGCACCCACUGCCCGGCGCGCUCAGCCAGACCGGUGCGGCCGCUGAGCUCAGGAGUUCAGGGCAGGAACACGCACUUCUUCCCGAGUCAGCACAAUGGACAGCACGGUUUUCAUUCCAGAAGCAGCGUUGAUCCCAACGCCGUUUUGCACCCACAAGCGGGAAUUCUCACCGGCUCAAGUGGUAGCCACACAGCCAAACACCCGGUGGCCGCGUGCAGCGGAGCGGAUUGUGGCGCAGCAGUCAGACAGGCCGCCAACGAGACCAGGGACUGUCGGGGCAUCGAGUGUAAACUGCCUCUGAAGAUCCGGCUGAAGCCCCGGCCACGACCACACCCGUGUUUUGGAGAGGGAUGUCCCACUGAUGCCCUGCAGCCGCAGCCCACUUUGGUCCACCUGCCGGACAGGGCUGCUCAGUUUCUCGGAGAGAUCCCAGACUUUGGGUAUCCGCCAGUCGAGCUCGGAGGCGCCUCUGUCGGAGUGCAGCUUACGUGUGACAUUAAACCGGGUGAAAAUGAAGUUCCUUCUGAAGAUGCUUUAAUACUUCAGCUCCAGCUCGCCAAAGGGCAGGAGAAGUUUGUUGAGGCCCUCAAGAGCCAGCAGAAGGUGAUAACCGAUCUGCAGCAGAAGCUGGCCCAGCAACAAAGUGCCCUGAUCAGCCAACAAAGAGAAAUCUUGGAACAGCAGAGGAAAAUGUAUGAGCAGAUGGACCUGGUCAAAGUGCAGUACGGCAUGCUUUUCGAGGCAGUCAAGCAGAUGUCCUUCCAAAGCUUGCAGGGGGACAUCCAGAGUUACAUUGAAAGCCACCUGCAGGGCCUCCAAAACCAAGUGCGGAGUCACCUGCAGAAGUCCUACGCCGUGCAUAAGGUGGAUGUGGAUGCCAAGGUGAUUGACGUAGGAGAGCCUCUGCUAGAAUGCGGAUCCUGUGCUCGCGACCAGUAUUGUAACUUCCAGAACAAUCCACCCCAUUGUGAGAAAUGCACCCUGUGCCCACCUGGCUUUUUUCUGGUGUCUGAGUGCUCACAGAAUGCUGACCGCAUCUGCCAGGACAAAGAUGAGUGCAUGGAACUGCCGAGCAUAUGUGGUGAACGAGUCAAGUGCAUGAACACACCAGGGGGCUUCAGGUGCUUGGGAGUUUCCGAAAGAGACGCCUCAGCAGGAGUUUGUGGCCAUGCCUAUUUCUUCAAUAGGGAACUGCAGGAAUGUCAAGCAUGCUCCGAGUGUCCAGGAGAGUCGGUCUCUUUUCCUUGCACAGCAGCAAGUGAUACAGUCUGCUCCGCCUCUUCGGAAAACAAGCUUUCGGAAUCGUGGACAGGUCUUGUGAUCGUACCUACCGCCAAGUCCUUUUCCCAUUCUAUCUACCCAGGGAUGGUCCUAAAUAUCAAGGGGAAAACCCAGUCAGAUCUUCUUUUGAGUGAUGAUGGGCGCCUCCUAUUCCAACAACAUGGUCUCAUUUGGACUGACUACAAUUUCGCCUUGAAGCACAACUGCCGAAAUUUCCUUCAACUCUCCCUCAGGCUCAACGACAGUGAAGAAGGCCAAGAAAUAAGUGGCAUUCGCAUCGAACAGCCCGAAAGGAAGUACUUUCAGAGCAUCAGUUUAAGUGCCACCGCCGAGGUGGAGCCCAACUAUACUCUGUCGCUGUUCCUGAAGAGUCCCAAUCAGUACUGUAAUCAGAGCAAAGACUUUAAUACGUAUGACCUCAGCUCCCCCUUUAGCCUUUUUUGGCUGUCUCAUGACACGGGGGCGGUGGCAAUGACGGCACAGAUAUCGAUGUCCAUGCAGUAUCAGACUAAUUAUCGACCGGCCUUUAAAAUAAUUUCUGUAUCCGAUCCCUACAUGAUAAGCUUGUCACAUGAUGGCAGAGGAGUUAAGUUUACGGAGAGUGGGGUGGUGAAGUUUGUCUUUCAGCAGGCGUUGUAUUCCAUGGGGCACACCUGUGUCCGGGAAGGCUAUUCCCUGGUUGCUUAUGUCAAUAGAAAUGGAACAAACGAAGAGUUGAUGCACGUAUUCAAGUCCGGAGUGAACUACAGAGACACGUCAAUCUCCUUGUCUGGCGCGGCCAAGGUAAACGCAGGAGAGAUGAUGAACUUUGAGAUCUUGUCUCCCUCACAGUGCAACAUCAGGUAUUUCGGUGACAACUCCGGGAUUAGCAUGUUAAGUCUCAUCUGGAUUCCUUCAGCAGUUUCGAGUGCUCUCUCGGCGACCGUCUCGCGUGACGGACUACCAACAGGAGCGGUGAGAAAUAAAGCACUCCACUUCUAUCAAGCUUCUUCCCACGAGAAACAGAUUCAGCUGGUGAGUUCGGGACAAUUUGCGCAGAAGUAUUUCGUUUUCCGGGAAAGCGGGACGGCAAGCGUUGCCUUUAAUCUGAAGCUCAUUCAUUCCUGCAACAUCGUUAAGCUUACGUUGAAUCGCCUGAUGAGUGAUCAGCUGCAGCCAACAAGCAUAGCCCAGCAAAUCGGAGGUCACAUGCCCGAAGGGAGCCAAUGGACGAGCGUCAGCCUCCGCACUUCCUUUGACGUCCGCAACGGCACGAUGAUUUACAUUUCCCUGGACUGCGUGAGGGGGAGAAUCAACCAAAUUGCUCAUGAACGUGGCACCAACCUCUCUAUCCUUUGGCUUUCCUCUUGAGUUUUGGCACCCUUGUGUUAAAGUAAAGUCAUUCUGUUUGCACGUUGAUGCCCUGGAGAUCUCAAUUUGGUGUUAGGAGAAAAGAGAGCACAGAUACAACAAAAAGGCAGUGGAGUUGAUCUUCCCAGGAAUUUUGUUUUCUCCAAAAGGUGUUUAGGUCAUAAGGCAGUUUCUUGUGCAGAUCUGAACAUAAGUAAAUAGCAAUAAAAAAUCUCUGCGUUCUGUGUCACCUUGACGUCAACGCUCAGGGACAUAUGGGUACAAGAGGGUCUUUGGGCCUCAAAGACGGCCCCAUAAGGGGAACAGAACUCCAAAUGUGUUGAUAUGACAUGUAUGCGAUUAAUCACAUCCGUGCUUCACAUGUGUUUUAACAAGAUUGUGCUUUCUAAUGAGUACAAUACAUCAGCAUUAAUAAACGUUUAAUUGUGCGUCUCCUAAAAUGGAGGCCAACGUAC